AUGGCUGAAAAUGUGAUAACGACAAAUGAUUCAUCAAAAUCAACAUCGAAUCAAAUUGUUGAAAACUUUAUUUUCGUUUGGUUAAACUCCGGUUGCGAUGAACCGCAUGAGAAAAAUCAACAGUUUAUUUCUAAACUCGAAACUAUUAUUAAUUCAAUUGAAAAGUUUACCGACAUCGAUCAAUGCAUCGAACUUUUAGCGAAAAUUAAAGAUGAAAAAAUAUUUUUAUUCAUUUCCGAUUCACUUGGUCGAAAACUUCUUCCAUUAAUUCAACAAUAUACUCAAAUUUAUUCAAUUUACACCACCUUCAAGCAACAACUAUGGAUGCAACAGUAUGACAAUAUAAAAAAUGUUUCCUCUCUAGAUGAACUUCUCGAUAAAAUACAAGAAGACAUUCGUCAAUUAAAUAAUGAUUUAAUAUCUAUGAGUAUCAUUCCACAAUCAUCUAAUACUGAUCUAAAUCGACUUGAACCAUCAUUCAUGUAUUUUCAAUUGCUGAAAGAAAAUCUUUUUGUAUUACAAUACGAUCAACAUGCAUUUGAUGAAUUAAUAACAUAUUGUCGUACAAUAUAUCAUAAUAAGAAAGAAGAAUUAAAUAAUAUCGAUAAAUUUCAAAAAAACUAUGAUAAAAAUAAAGCAAUUAAAUGGUAUACUGAUGAAUGCUUUGUAUACCAUGUGCUGAAUAAAGCUUUACGCAUAUUUGAUAUUGAAACUAUUAUGAAGUUUAGCUUUGUUCUUCGGGAUAUUCACUGCCAAAUUGAAGAACGUCAUAUUGA